AUGCGAAUACGCCUCAUCACUCUCCCGCCCCUGCUCCCGCUCAAAGUUUGGUACCCUUUGUACCCGCAAAGGCUUCAACACUUGUCGUCUACUGUUUCAUUAGAGAAUGAACCGCAAACGGUUGCAGACCUCAAGAUUCGCAUUGUAGAUGAUUUGCAGGUCCUGUCUGAAUAUGGCACCGACGCGUCUAUGAUAGGACUGUCAAUUGAUGGCUUUAUGCUCCUCGACAGCAGUCCUCUAAGUCUGAUACAAACCGGUGAUAUAGUAGUAAUUGGGCUACUAUCAUCAGAGCCGUCGAGGUCUGCGAAGAAGCCGGAAGAGAAGAAGAUCUUAAAAAGGAAAUAUGCAUCAAACGGUGUCGAAGAAUCUGAAAUGCUCUUCUCCAAGAAGCGGAGGGGAGGGGGGACAGCUAAAAUGGAAGGUUCUCGCACCGCCCAGGGAUCCCAGGUUAGGUUGAAACGAAAGAGGUCAUCGUCCGAUUCUAGCUCGGAUCCCUCAUCUGCUUCUUCGUCCGAUUCUAGUCAUUCAGGUCAAUCUUCUGAUUCAGAAGAUCCCUCCUCAGAGAUAUCAUCUUCGUCUUCGUCUUCAUCUUCGUCUUCAUCUUCAUCUUCAUCUUCAUCUUCAUCUUCAUCUUCAUCAUCAUCCUCAUCAGCAUCAACAUCAGCAUCAGCAUUUCCGUCAUCAUCAUCCCCGUCUGCCUACACAACGAGGGCCACGGUUUCAACAGCCAUACCAGAAAGAAUCUCGGAUGUCACGCUAAGCUCAAAGCACACUCGCACGGGAUCCCACCCAUGUACACCUCCAUGGCAAGGGAGUACGAUGACUCAGAAGCGUAACCUUCGUCGUCGCAAGUUACGUCAAGCGCGCCGAGAGAACCCCUUGCGAGAAUUGAGUGACAUUCCUGAUAUUGAGACAUUCCCCACCGAGUCACAUUCAUCAGGUCCUUUGACAUCGGCUGGUGUGAUACCCGACCAUUCACACCCGACAAUACCAUCUCAAUCUCAAUCUCAACCACAAACACAAACACCCUUUCCUCCUCCAGCAGCCUUCGCGACCCCAUCGAUGUAUAGCUUAAAAAAUAAGAAUAAGAAGAGAGGGUUUAAACAAGCUAUGAAGAGAAUCAUUCCCACCCGAAUUAAAUUUGGUGAUGCCCCCGAAACCACGGCACAGAAUGGCACUGUAAGGACUCCUAAAAUUCUGAUGACCACAUUGGAGGAUGGAGACGAACAAAACUCCGAUGAACAUGAUGAGCUGGAAUCGAAGGGAAGAACUCUAAAUGGAGCCACGGACGUCAAAACAAAAAGGGAACUCAUCGACCAACCACCCAAACUUAUUCCUCCAUCUCAGCGGGUGAACCUUCCGGCGAACUUUAUAGUGACAUCCGUAGACGUCGAGUCAGAUAUUUGGGGUGAUACGAACGGUUUCACGGGCCAGUUAGAUUAUGGGGCAGCACAAGAGGGAGGGGACUCUACCAUGUUGUCAGAUGCACUUGUGGUUCCCGCACGCAGCAGCACACCGAGUUCUUCUCUGACUGCAAGUGAUCUGGCAAGAAUCCAGGAUUUGUUAGAAGAUGGAUAUUAUGAUGCUAAAUGGGGGUCGUUCAAGCAUGUCGUCGAUUUGUCAUGCUUGCGACCUGGAACCCUCAUGGCUACUCAGGAAUUGGGUAUAGACCCAUCGACACUCACUCCCAGCAUAAUGACUAUCGUAGGGGUUGUUGACUCGGUGUGCACAGGGGUUCAGGAGGAUGGAGACGUCAGGUUUCGUGUAAAAACCAUUCCGAGGCGUGGUACGGCUGAUAUCGGGUUUGGGUUUGGGUAUGGUAAUGCAGGGGGCGACGGCGACGAAAGAAUCGAGGACACAGAAUUCGUUGAAGGGGAAGUGAGGGCUGUUGCUCUUGCUGAAGUGGCGUCAUGGCGUGUGUGCGAUAUUUAA